GUAAAAUAACUAUUUCCAUGCUGGUGCAGUAUUUCUUGUAUCAAAUCCUCCGUGGGUUAAAGUACAUACAUUCUGCAAAUGUUUUGCAUAGGGACUUGAAACCUAGCAAUCUCCUCUUGAAUGCAAAUUGUGACCUAAAGAUAUGUGACUUUGGAUUAGCACGUGUCACCUCUGAAACAGACUUUAUGACAGAGUAUGUUGUUACAAGGUGGUAUCGGGCUCCAGAGCUGUUGUUAAAUUCAUCUGAUUAUACUACAGCUAUUGAUGUGUGGUCAGUGGGGUGUAUUUUUAUGGAAUUGAUGGAUCGAAAGCCAUUAUUUCCGGGUAGAGAUCAUGUGCAUCAGUUGCGCCUACUUAUGGAGCUGAUAGGCACUCCAUCUGAGGCUGAGUUGGAGUUUUUGAAUGAAAAUGCAAAAAGAUACAUCCGAAAUCUUCCUCCGCAUCCCCGACAAAGAUUCACUGAAAAGUUUCCCCAAGUGCACCCUCUUGCUAUUGAUCUCAUUGAGAAGAUGUUAACAUUUGAUCCUAGAAAAAGAAUUACAGUUGAAGAUGCACUGGCACAUCCAUACCUAAACUCGCUCCACGACAUCAGUGAUGAGCCUAUUUGCCUGACUCCGUUCAGCUUCGAUUUCGAGCAGCACGCUUUAACUGAAGAACAGAUGAAGGAGCUGAUUUACUGGGAGUCUAUUGCAUUCAAUCCCGAGUAUCGGCAAGUAUGAAGAAUAAUUUGAGUUCCACUGUUGUAUUGAUUUCAUGUACAUAUAUGGUCCAUUUGAAACUGGAAUGGUUCGUUUGGAAUUAUUUGACUAAAGCCAUAUACUGGGCAUGGUUAAUUUGAACUCUUGUGAAUUCUUGCCUGCUGCAUUAGGCUUUGGAAUUUAAGGGUAUAUUGUGGUGUUUGGUUUUGAAUGUUUUUAUUUAUUGAAGCAUUGUUCUGAUAAAGGACCUCAAAAUUUGUAUUCGCUCAUUUUCUUGAAUUACUCAGUGCCAAAACAUUCAAUUAUAUUCA